UCUGCAAAGUGCAAACGUACACCGCGAGUUGUUGUGUAUACGCUGACUGUUCGCGCGUUUGUCGGUGCCUUUCAAGUCACAUUUGUCCGAUAUAAAACAUCAAUUAUGUCUACGCCUACCAGUGCUCAAAAUGAUCAAAAAGAAAAGAAAAGGAAAGAAAGUAUCUUGGAUCUCUCCAAGUAUUUGGAGAAAAACAUCAGAGUCAAAUUCGCUGGAGGCAGAGAGGCUUCUGGCAUUUUGAAAGGAUAUGAUCCCCUUCUCAACCUUGUGUUGGAUAAUACUACAGAAUAUUUGAGAGAUUCUGAUGAUCCGUACAAACUCAAUCAAGAUACAAGAGGAUUAGGACUUGUCGUUUGUAGAGGUACAUCAGUGGUAUUGAUUUGUCCUGUUGAUGGCAUGGAGGCUAUUCCAAAUCCUUUUGUACAACAAGAGUAGUGAUUUAUUGGUGAUUUCAAAAGCUGAGUUUAUUUUUAUAAUAUUCUGAUUAUAAAAGUAUUCAAUUAUUGUAAGAUAGCUAAGCGCUUGUACAUAUUUAUCAAAGAUAAUAUGAGAACAUGCAUAUUAAAUAUUAUUUUAUACGUAAAA